AUGCAAUUGUUUUUAUUAAUUUAAAUUUUUAACAAAUAUCCCGUUUUUUAAUUGUAUAAUAAAACUAUAGAACAAAAAAAAUAUUAAUAGAAUUUUAACUAACAUUCAUAACAUAUUUAGUUUGAAGUUAAGUCUUUUGUUAAUAGCAUAAUACAUUCUUAGCUUGAUCUUUAACAAAAUUAAAUCUGCAUAAGCGAAAUAUUUUAAAAAAAGAGUAGCCAUAUGUUAAGUCAGAAGCAUAAAUUAAAUAUUGAGAAAUAUAACUAAAAAGAGCAUUCAACUAAGGAAUUUAUUACUCAUUUUAGAUUUUAGGACAAAUUAUAUGCAUUAAUUGAUAAAUUUAUUUAGUAAUAACAUGUCAAAGAUUUAAUCCCUUCUAAAAAAAAUCUUCACAAUCUUUAAUAAUAGAAUUAUCAAUCUGUACAACAACAAUAAAAAAAUGUGUUCAAUAACGUCUCAAAAGAUUUAUCAUUUAUAUCUUCUUUAAAAAAUAAAAUUGAAAUUUUUAGUUUUUCAUAGUGUAGAAGAUAGAAAAUGAUUAAUAUGCUUAAUAAAAACGACGAAAAGAAAUUGAUAAGAUAUAUUGAAAGUAAAAAGGAAAAUUCUUUUGGUAGCAUGGCAAAAUAGAGAAUAAUUGGUGGAGGCUAAUGCUGUAGUAGGCAAGAUAUAACUUAAGGUUUAAAGGACUUUCAAUAGUAAAAUAGCAUAAAUCAAUAAGAAGACAAAAAGUUAUAGAUAGAUAUCUAAUUUUAAAAAUUUUUUGAUAAAAAUGUUGCAAACAAAUUUCACAUAAGCGAAAUUGUGGAUAAAAGGGAUUAUGCGACUGAAAUUAUUAGCAUUUUUGAUAAAUGUUUGAAUAAAAAAAAAGAAUAGAUUACCGUCUAAACCAAUUAGUAUAGAAUUUUCAUAAUUGAAAUGUUUAAUUUAUGUUUUCAAUAUGUUUUUAGUGGGGCAUUUGAUAUCGAUAAAGAUGAUUCAAAUUAAAUUAUUAGUAAAAUUGAUAUCUUUUUGAGUCAUAUUAAGUAGAAUAUAAAUCUAUUUCCAUGCUUGGAUUUAGAGUUUUUAUACUAAUUUUUAUAUGACUUAUGCGAUUUAGAAUUUGAUUAAAACUCUUAAAGCUACAAGAAUGUGUCAAUAAUAGCUGAAUUUUAUAAAUUAAGUUUACUUAAUGGCGGAUAACAUCAGCACCCAUUAUUUAUAAAUGAAAAACAUUAAUUAAACUAAGAAAGUGGAAAAAGCUAUUAAAAUUUUCUAAUAGAUGCAGAUAAAUAAGAACAUUUAGAUAAUGUUUGGCAGGUUGUUGAUAAAGCACACGAAAAAAUAAGAUCUUUCACUAAAUACUCGAUUGCAAAACAAGUUUCUUUAUUAUUAGAAUUAAAAACCUAAAGAUUCUACAAGUAACAAUAAAUUUAAGCAUCGGAUGAGCUUAUUUUCUUUAUUGAGCAGGUUAUUGAGUAAUAGAAUAUCUAAGCAUCGAGUCGUAUUAUAAUAUACUUGCUAAUAUAAAUUCACUGUAUUUUACUCAAGAAUAUUAACAAUAGUUAAUUUAUGAUAGACUUGAACAACCUCUUUGAAGUUAAUUAAAAGCUAAAUCAAUUUUUAAGGACUUUAUAAUAGCAAAGUGAAAAACAAUAAGAAUCUUUUUCAGAGAGAUUCUUGCUUUUUUUCAAAUUUACAGUAACUGAUAUCACAUACAGAUUUCUUUCUAAUCAAAUACUAAUGCUAUUCUACUAAAUUUUAGCAUCUAAAGGAUCACAAUAAAAUGAAUAUUUAUUUACUCACCUUGUUCACUAGUACUUAACUGAGAAGAAUGAGUCUAUCAAAUUAAUUUUCUUAGGCAAUCAAGCUUUUGUAUCUACCGUGAAUGAAGAGGUCAAGAAGAAUCCUAGUAGAUUAGCUAGUAUAGUAGUGAAAUAUCAAAAUAUAAGAAAAUAACAAAUGAUAAAUAAUAAAAUAAGCUAAAGUGAAAUAGAUGAGCUUGAAGAAACAAUAAAAGAUGAGUCAGAUUUUCUAGAAAAAAUAUCUCUCAGGAUGAUAGAAAAGUGGGAAUUGAAUGCAAGAUAAAGAUUAGAAAAGGGCAUAGCUUAAAAAGAUGAUAUACUUUUAGAAGUUUAAGAUCUCUAUAUAGACUAAAAUAUAGCAUAUAUGAGUGGUAGCAACAUAUUUGAAGGCACAAAAAUUGAGCAAAAAGAUUUAAAUAUUGAUGGAGUUUAAAGGAAAUAUAAAAAAAAUGCAAUAGAUUUAAUUAUAAGUUAAUUCUUACUUCCUCACUAAAAUAAAUCGAAUUAAAUAGAAGAAAAAUAAAAUAUUAGUAAGGGCUGUAAAAUUUUAGGUAUUCUUGCUGAAGGUGGAACUGGCAAAUCAAUGUUAUUCAAAAGGCUAGAAACUCUUCUGAUGAAAGAAAAAAACUCAAAAAUGGGUAGUUAACUCAAUUAUAUUACGUUUUUGAUUAAGUGCAAUAAUUUAGAUUCUUCGAAGCCCUCUCUGGAUGAUUAUUUUUUAAGUUAAGGACUUGAUAAUCAGUAGAUAAAUUUGUUAAAGUAGACAAAAAACAACAAGCUUAUCUUGCUAGAUGGGUAUGAUGAAUAUUCUGGAAAUUAUUUUAGAAUUUAUUAUGAGCUGAAUUUAAGUGAAUGGAAAAAUACAGUGGUAAUUGUUUCUUCAAGAAUGGAAAAGUUAUCAGAAACUGAUGCACAAUUAUACUUUAGUAUAGAUGAUAGCUAAAUGGUAAGAGAUGAAACAUCUUAUUGUAUAGUUAAGUUGUAAGAGUUUAUGAGAAAAGAUGUUGAUUAGUACUGCAAGAAGUUCUUUGAAAAGCAGACCAUUAAGUAACAAUAAAUUCAAAUAAAUGAAAAUUAGUUUUUGAGUAUGAUGGAGAUGUGCUUGAAUAAUAAAUAGCUAGAAAACUUACUAUUCUUACCUAUUAAUCUCUACUUAUUUACAAGAAUGGUGAUAAAUAAAAAGUAAGAAGAAUUAUCAGAUAUAAUUCAUAACAUAACUGACUAAAUUUAAAUUCAAGAAAUAUUUUUCUAAGAGCAGUUUUAAAGAGAGGCUGUUGAUUUCAUUGAUCAAAUAUAAGAAAGCCAAGCAAACAAGUAGUUAAUAGCUGAAGUAGUUUAGUCAUUUUUUGUGUAUUUUCAAUCAGUAGCCAUGCAGAUGUUUCUCAAUAAAGGUUUCAAAGCUAACUUUUUGCAGCUCACUAAAGAGGAAAUCGUAUUUCAUUUAUAGCCUAAUAUUUGUAAUAUGCUCAAAUAAGAAGACUAAAGCAACUUGUAACAAAAAAUAGUAAAUUAUGUGAAUUCUAAAAUAAUUACUAAAGUUAAGGAUAAUGAUAGUGAAGAAGAACAAGUGGGAAAAUACUCAUAAAUAAUUGAGUUUAAACACAAAUCAUUAUUUGAAUACUUUGUUGCUAGGGCUUUUAAAUACGAUUUUGAUAUUCAUGGAGAAGAAAUUUACAAUUUGGAAAUGCAAAAAUUAAUUUAAUUUAACAUAAAUAAGAAAAUUGUAAUGAAUUUAGAGAAAAAUAAGUCAGAGUAGCAAGUUUUAGUUAAAUUUUAUAGACUCAUUAAACAGGAAAUAGAAAGCGAAUCCUUCAUACAAAAUUACAGUGAAAAAGAUAUCACUAAAACUAAUAGAUUCAUUCAAUAUCUUCGUAGAUCAACAAUUAAUAAAAUAACUGAUGUAAGUGAAAUAGAUAGAGGAGCUUCUAAUCUACUAUCUACUCUAUUCAUUAGCAAAUUUGCUUUUGAAGAAUUGAGCAUAGCAAAGUGCUCUUUUUCAAAAUCUUACCUACCAACUCGAAAGAGUUUUAGGAUGAAUUUCGAUUAAUGCAAUUUUAAUUAUUCAUAUCUUGAAAACUAAAACCUCUGCAGUUUUGAGAGCUCAUUGACAAAAAAUGCCAUGAUAAAUUCCUGCAAAAAAGAAUUUGAUAUGGAUGAUGUUUAUCAAUCUAAUGGAUAAAUAUUAUACUAAGACAAAAUAUUUUCAGUCAGUAAAUCUGGAUAUAUUAAUAGCUUUUCUAUUUAAGAACAAGUUCUACUUGGAUCUAAGAAAGUGUGUUGCUAAAGCAUAAAAGCUAUAGUGCUUGAAGAAAAUAAUCUUUUUUUGUAUUCUUAAUAGUCUCUAUUUGAAGUAAAUCCUUCUAACUUAGAAACCGUCUAAUCUUUCAAGUUUCCUUACAUAAUAAAAAAUAUUUAAUAUAAAAAUAAUAACUACUUAGUAAAUUUAGAAAACAAAUAAACAUUCUAUGGAAACAUUUCUAAAGGAUUCAAAUAAAUAUAAUUAGAAGGUUAAAACCAUCAUCUUGUCAAAGAAUUUAUCAUCUCAUAUUAAGAUUAUUAUAUGCUUUUAUUUGAGCUUCAAUCAUUUUAGCUGAAGAAAAAGCUGGAUAGCAUUAGCUUUGAAAAUAUUAUUUCAAAUAAUUAAGAUACUUUAUAUGUUGCUUUAAAUGAAAAUUAAUUUGAAGUGUGGUAGAAAUCUAAUAAUGAAGAUUUGUUGGAAAGGAUCAAUUAUAAAUCUGAUAAUUUUAUUUUGCCUGAAUACUCUAUAUUUUCAUAUGACAGUAAAUACUUUGUUAUAUUAACGGUAAAUAAUGCAAAAGUUUGGAAUGUUGAAAAUGAUUUUGAAUUAGUAUUCGAACUUGACCGCAAUGAAAAUAUAAACUCUUUCCAUUUUUCUAGAGAUUCUAAAUAUCUUAGCAUUAGCUCAUAGCUAUUUGUUUGUUAAAUCUUAGAUAUUUAAAAUGAUUUUUAAGUUAAAUAUUUUAUUUCUGCUCACACAAAUAAAAUUGGAUAAAUCUAAUUCUCCUCUGAUGGUAAAUAUCUAGCAACAUGUUCAGAUGAUUCUUAUUUAAGAGUAUGGGAUCCAUCUAAAUCUUAUAGCUUACUCCAUAAAAUUAAAGCACACGAUGAUAAAAUUAAUUCUCUCUCUUUUUCUCCAAAUGGUACGUAUUUAGCUACUUGCUCAAUAGAUAACUUUUGUAAAAUAUGGAAUAUCUCAAAACAGUUUGAGCUAACAAAAUCCUUAAAACUAAACUAAGAAAUAAUCCAUUUAACUUUUUCACCAGAUCAAAAGUACCUAGUUUUAAGUUUGUAUGAUAACAGCUUCAAUAUUCUGAAUCCAAACAACAAUUUUUCUUCAAUAAAAAUAAUAGACAAGCUUAAAGAAAAUGAAAGUGAGGAUUAUGGAGGAUGGACAAUGAAAAUGAGUUUUUCUGCUAAUAGCAAAUACUUAGCUGCUUACAAACAAAAAGAUUUUUUUAUAUUUGAUGUAGAAUAGGAUUUUGAUAUGUUAAAAUAAAUAUAAGGUCAUAGUAAUCAUAUUAAUGAUUUAUGUUUUUCCAAAGACAAUAAAUACAUGGUCACAGUUUCUGAUGAUAAAAUUUGUAAAAUUUGGAAAGUAAAUAAGGAAUUCAAUCUGAUUAAAUAGUUAUCUCAACAUAAAUUUAGUAUAUCUUCCACAACUUUUUCACCGGAUAGCAAAUAUUUAUUAACUCUGGCUGAAUAUGAGGGUUGCAUAAUUUAUGAUUCUGAAAAAGACUUUGAAAUUAUAAAUAUUAUACAUGACAAAUCGCUUAUAUUAGCAGUAUUCAAUCCGUUAAACAGCAAAUAUUUUGCUACAACUUGCAUUCAUGGUACUUUCCAGGUUUGGAAUAUAGAAAAAAGUUAUGAAAGUAUUAAAAUUCUCUAAAGCCAUAACAAUUUUGUAAAGUAAGCAGAUUUCUAUAAUUAAAACACUUAUUUAGCUACAUACGCAAAUGAUAAAGAUUGCAGAGUGUGGACUGUCAAUAAAGGAUUUGAGCUUAAAAAUACUUUUAAGAGUUAAGAUUAUAAAAUUUAAUCAGCUGCUUUUUCUCCAGAUGGAAAAUAUUUAGCUCUUGGUGUGGAGGGAAAUGCUUGUUAAAUAUGGAACUUAGAAUAAGAUUUUAAAUAAAUAAAAUAAAUCUAAUAAAAUUCUUCAGUACAAAAUAUAAUUUUCUCAUUUGAUGGGAAGUAUCUAACAAUACUAACUCAUAAAUAGUUAGAUGUAUAUUUAAUUAAAAAGGAUUUCGAACAUAUUAGGAAAAUUAAUAUAGCAACAUUUUAUAAUUGUCCUAUGACAUACUCUAAAGACAGUGCAUAUUUUAGCAUAGGAGAGUAGAAUACUUGCAGGGUGUGGGAUAUUAACAAUGAAUUUUAAGAAAUUUAUGUUAAAUAUGGGCAUGGAGGUAAAAUCUAUUAAGUUAUUUUUUCCUCUGAUAAUAAGUAUUAUGCCUCUGUUUCGUAUGAUAAAAGAUGUAACAUCUCCGAUAUAUCAGACAAUUUUAAAUUAAUUAAAACAAUUCAAAAUAAAAAAGCAUUACCUUUAUGUGCAGCAUUUUCAUUAGACUCUAAAUAUUUAAUUAUUGGAUUUGAUACUAACUGCUGUGAAGUAUAUCACACUAAAUAAGAUUUUGUACUCUUAAAUGUAAUAUAUAACUAUGAAGGUAAAAUCAAUUAUUUAUCCUUCUCUCCUUGUGGAAAAUAUCUUGCUUUAUGCCAUGAUUUAGGGUGUAAAAUACUUGAUUCAGCAAAAGGAUUGUAAAAGCUUGAUGAAAUUUAAAAUAAUAAUGAAUAAAGUGAUAAAUUUUAAAAUAUAAAUUUGUUUGCUUAAUUAUAUGAAAUUUGA